AUGUUCAGCAAUAUCGCGUUCCCUGUGACCCUUUUAGCCCUCUUUGGCUUCCAGACCUCUUGGGCGACGACGCGAAAUAAGGUCGUCUUGACCAACGACGAUGGCUGGGCAGUUGCGUCGGUUCGAGCGCAGAAUGAUGCUUUGAAGAAGGCGGGGUACGAUGUCGUCCUUUCUUGUCCGGCCGAAAAUGAGUCUGGUACGGGCUCGUCUAGCGCGCCGCCAACGAUACUCUUGAUCCCCUGCGAAUUUGAUACGUGUCCAAUCUUCUCUCCUGCCGAAGGGUUCAAUGCAUCUGACCCGCGCUUGAACUACGUCAACUCCUUCCCCGUUGACUCUGUCCGAUUUGGGAUCCAGACACUUGCACCACAAUUCUUCGACGGCAGUGCACCCGAUUUUGUCGUUAGCGGUCCGAAUGUAGGAAACAACUUGGGACCAGUCAUUUUGAAUUCCGGCACAGUAGGCGCUGCAUGUGAAGCUGCUUUGGAAGGUAUACCCUCUGUAGCAUUUUCGGCAAAUACGGGUUCGCAGAUUUCUUACACCACCCUCGAGUCUGACCCCAACUCCACCAACACACUUGCGGCACUAACAUAUGCCCAGUUGAGCGUUAAAUUCGUGCAAGCCCUGACGUCUGCAAAGGGAACCAUCCUUCCUCCUGGCAUUAGCGUCAACGUUAACUAUCCGUCCACUUCCAAGUGUCCAGAGCCCUCGGACUUUAGCUUUAUACUUUCGAGGAUCAACGCGGAUGAGGAUGCAACGGAUGUGGAACGGUGUGGGACAACACAUCUCCCCGCAGAGGCGGAUGUGGUGACUCAGGGAUGUUUCGUGAGCGUAAGCGUCUUCAAUGCAUCGACGAAAGCGGACGUGGGCGCCGAUACGCAAGCAUUUGUGUUGGAUCGUAUUGGUGGGAUUUUGUCCUGUUUGCCUUGA